AUGCAGCACCUCGGCGCUGCUGGUGUGAACAGGAAGCCUCGGACGCGAGUUUCAACUGGCUCAGCUGCAUUGCCAGACGGAUGGUUCCCCAUUGAGCCGCAGACGCACAAGAACGGCAAAGCCCGAGGACGCCCCGGCCCCGAUGCUCUCGGUAUGGCCAACACUGUGGAUCCGCUCACGUUUUUGGCUCAGAAGCCGAGCACUCGGUGGCCAAGUGAGCGUAACGUUAAUGGCAGGAAACAGCAGCAGCAUCCAAGACGACGGAGGCUUCGAGCAUCGGGUGAGAGCGUUUUCCCAGUGGCUGAGGCCUUUUCUCCACAGAGAUCUCUACGUCUCGCCAAGCUGCCGCUGCUGAAGACUAGGAGUCGACCUGAGGACGUAGAAGCUGGAGGACUGUCGAAUCAGCUGUUUGCGGCGACCCCAGUGCUGAUGAACUCGCCUCGGGAGACUGAACUUCCCUUGCACGAGCUGAUUCAAACGAUGGACGACGCAGUGAAGGCGGAUCCUUCGGCUGAGUUGAACCAGUCUUCAAUUGCUCGUUUGUUCAUGAACCAAUGGCUUCGACAGUUUGAAGCGGAUCGACGCAGCUACAAAUCUGUUGCGGUCCGAUACGAGGUAGGCUUUGAAGAGCUGCAGCGACGAACUGUCAACCUUCCACGGCCGAACGACCUUAUCACAACCUUUUGCUGCAAAGUGCUUGGUAAAGUAGAAGACCUCACGCCCCAUUUUGGACCCUACGCGCCUCUAUUCCGCGUACUAAGUGCAGAGUUGAUUCAGUCCAUCUACGCCCCCGAUGGCCUCCCGUACUUUGCACUCGUCAAGCACCAUAAACGACUUCUGCUAACGCUUCGCAAGGACAAAGAGUGGCGGGAAGAGCGGGAUGGGGUUCUUGCUGAUGAUAUCGGUAAGGUGUAUUCCAUGUUUCGGCGCUUUUUAUCAGAGUGUACGUACGCUUUAUCCCGGAUGCUGUUUCGCGAGUGGCACUUCGUUGCCGUCAUCCAAAAGAAGAACAACAGAAAAUACAUCGCGUAUUUCUCAAACUGGUUCAGCAACUCCCCCAAAGCCAUUCUCGGGAAGGUGUUUGUGGCGUGGAAGCGUGAGGCUGCCAUCCACAGGAUCGAGAAAAUCCGAAAGCAAAUGCAGAUUGACUUCCAGGCCCUAGCCGUCGUUAAACGGCAGGUAGAUGACUUGACACGGCAGCGCGAUACUGCGCAGGCCGACAACCUCUCGAUGCGGAGUGAUCGCAAACAAGCAGAAGAGUGGGCACGAACGCUAGAACUCCGAAUUAAGGCCGCCAGCGCGUACUUGGAUACAACUCGCCGUCGAGAGGCCCAAGUUUGUCAAGAAGGCCAGUUGCGUGUCGAGGCUGUAGCGUGUUUGCCACCUCUCAUCCUUGAAUCGCUGUUACGAGGUUAUCAUAGUGUUGGAUUCUUGCAACAAGCACCAGCUCAUGCUCAAGACAGCUCGUCUGGCUUAGUUGGUGAUGCUGGUGACUCGAGCGCACAACCGGAUUCAGUGGAAAAAGGAUCGUCCUCGGUUCUUUUGGGGUGUGUUGAUGAAAUAUCGCGGUUACGAGAUAUGUCACUACGACGAAAGUCAUCCAGCUUGUCUCCAACUCGUGCUGGGAGAUCCAACUCAGUAGUGCUUGGUACUACUGCUGGGAGGUCGAAUUCGGUGGUUAUGGGUACUGGAUUGGUGGAAACUGAAGAACAACCGCCUUCUUUACAAGCAGCAGCGGUGGCAGCAGCUACGAUGACGGGUAGUCCUACAGCUCGGCGGGCUGCAGCGGGGGCUGUGUCACAAGAUGAACUCUCUGGACGAACAUUUUCAAAAUUCUUUACCUCGCUUCGUGAACGCAUCCACGAUCCUGACGCUAAAGUCCUCUUCACCCCGAGACUAGCCCACGAGUAUCUGUUUGAUAAGGACAAGCAGCUAAGCCUGCACGAGAAUGCACAAGUGGCGCGAGAAUUUGAACAGCUUUUGCGAGCAAUCCGUGUACAAGAUGAACAUUACGCCAGCAACUCCAAGCUAUUUAAUUCACGGAUGCUUGAGAGUCAUGAAGUCUCCCUUGUGCCAAACCGCUCUCUGCCUAAUCGAGCGCUCCAAGUGCCGGAAGGAUCUGCUGGGUCCGAUAAAGGUGAUCUGGGUAUUAUCAACGGUGUCAAGCGCUUUUGGGUAGUUAGCGCCGCUGCAAGGAAGCCCAGAACCCCGUCGCGCGGUGCACAAUUAAAACGUUCGCUUACACGAAAACAAACUGGUUUGGUGGUCAGGGAGCGUCCGCAGACACAACAAGUAUCUUUACUCGAAAACCUCGAGCUAUUUCGUGAGAGCGACUUCGAUAUCUCGCCACGCCAUUCACGCGGAUUCACGAUAUUGCUUCUGGCCCAUAUAGUAACGGAGUACGGGUCGUUGUUGUUUUCACCAGCAGAUAUGAGUGCGUUCACUCAUAACGCCUACCUGCAUCCAGCCAAAUCGGAGCUUGUUCAAGCCUUAAGUUCUCAAGACCUCAACAAGGGCAAACCACGAUCGUCACUGGCGCAGAGCUCGCUGGCCCUUGUCCCAGCAGAUUCAUCCUCGAUGGUUAUCGAGAGCGCAGCAAGUACCAGCAACUCGCUGCGAACCAUUCUGCCGAUUGUCACCGCGUACGAAACCUGGAAUCAAAUCUCCGAGCAACUCAUUUCAGGAAAUGUGGUUCAAUCUCGCGGUAUGACGCCGAACGUGGUGGUCGAUCCGAACGAGGCUAGCAGCGCAGAAUUGUUGAGAACACAAGGAGUUGCCCCGAUCCGGCCAAUGCUACGGCACCAGUUUGAACCGCUCUCACACAGUUUGUUCCUCGCGCCUGCGAGAGACAAAUCGAGUCGAAGAACGAGUAUCACUACCGGGGACGGGAAUACGUAUCAUACAGCUCGGAUUCGCCACCUCACUGCCGAAGGACCCGAUAGACUUAUCAAAUGUAUUGAGGCCAUCCACGCAUGUGUGAAAAGCACGUCCGCCAAGAUGAAAGACUUCAAAGUCACUCAUCAGCAACUUCGAGAGUUGCGGGUUACUCAGUGGCAGACAGCGAGCGAGCUUGCUUCUCAGUUCGCGGCAAAGCAGAGUGAAACACUGGUACCAACGGGGACUAUCGGCCUGGUGGACCAUCGCGAGCACGUGUACGAGUGCAUUUCGCUCACAAACAACACAAUGCGUCGAAUAUUCAGCGUCGAGGAAAACCCCGACGUCGAGCUGACACGGGUGCGCGCUGUCCUCGAGAAACACCAUCGGGUUAUACGGCAGCUGUACACACCGUUCCGCGCCAUCAUCAAGCAUGCCAUGAGCCUCGAUGAUCUGUGGCACAUUGUCAAGAUACUUCGUCUACCUCGCGAGAUUCACGUGCUACCGAUUCUUCGAGACGAAGAGAUGGUGGCCAACGGCUACGAGCAACUCUUCUCCCCUGAGGACCUGGCAGAACUCGUCCUUCAACUAUGCAAUGAGCAGUUCCAAUCCCAGAUCGCUCCGUUGAGCGCGCGGGUCGAGUACUUCAUCACUCACCACCUGACGAUCGCAGCCCAGAACCGAAGCCUCAUUCGGACGCUCAUGCACCGCCCGGAUGUGAAGCUCGCGAUUGGGAGCCACUCACAGACUAUUCGCAUCGUCUUCCGCCGAUACUGCGCCAAGGAGCGCGAGAUGAUGACACCCGCCAACGGCCCGACCAAGGUGAAGCCUCGGCAUACUGCACCAGGGAUCACCAAGUACAUGCGCAUGGUAGACUGGCAGGCGUUUGUCCAGGAGUAUCGCCUGGUCCGCGCUCGCUUUUCAAUGGAUCAGGCGAUGAAUGUCUUCCGCAACGUUCAAGAGGCCCCCCCAGGAAGUGACGAUCACCUCGAGUUGAUAUACAGCGAAUUCUGUGAGGCGCUUGUGGGCAUGGCGAUGUUUUACUUCCCAGACCCGUUCCUGAAGACCGCCACCAAAGUCACGCAGUUUCUCCGUCGGUACCUGCCAUUGACACCCGAAGAAGACCAUGCCUAA